AUGAGGAAAAAUCUCGUGUUAUUACUAACAAUCAUACACAUCCCUGCAACGAUACUGGCGCAAGUCUGGCAAUGCACGAUGGAACAGUUCAAGUACGGCCCAAAACCAUCGGACCAGUUUUGUGUGUUCCGUGAGGUCGAGUGGAAGAGAGGAACGCCAGAGCCAGAAAUUGCUGCCAGUACGGCAACAAACGUUGCCUUCGCUAACUCUAAGCUUUACAGCUUACCGAACCGUCUUCACGACCAAUUUCCUCGUCUUGAAGUUCUAGUGGCAAGAAAUGCCAGCCUCGAAGAACUUAAAAUCAAGAACCAGUUAAGGAUCGUACACGCAGAGAUGAACACGAUAGGGAAAUUGUCUGUCGAGGGUUCGAACUCUAAGCUGAAAGAACUACACUUACGAGAGAACACCUUAGCCAGCAUCGAAGACGUUGCGAAAUAUUUGAACGGAUUGGAAGUGUUGGAUUUAAGUAGCACCCAAAUAGCAGAAACCUACGACAAUACGAUCGAUCUGUCAUUAUUUGCACCGUUGUCUAAUCUAACGGAACUGUACUUGGCAAAAGUGAACGCACACUUCGUCGAGAAUGAAGUACAGGCAACGUUACCGAAACUGAAGCUACUAGAUCUGUCCGGCAAUCCGAUCACACCGAGCAACUUUAAUUUCAAAGUGUUCCGCACAAUACCUAAUCUGGAGGAACUAUAUCUACGCGAUACCAUGAUGUCGGACCUGUCCGUUACCGACAUACGGCAGGAUAUGCCGGCCCUGAAGCGCAUCCACCUGGACGGGAAUGACUUUGACUGCGAUCUGCAGGAAGCAUUGCUGAACCACUUAAAGGAAAAGCGCGUCGAAGUGAUUGGCGGAUCACGUCAAUGUUUUCUCGGGUACGAAGACAUGCAAGGGCUUUGCUGUAGGUCGGUUAUAGGGCAAGGUUCUUCUACUGGUGGUGGUACUGGUGGUUCUGGCGUUUCUGAUACUACUACGCCGGACGCAAAUAUUGAUGAAAGCUCGCCUGAUGAAACGACAAGGACAAAGGAGGAACGCCUCGACGAUUCUUCGACGUUCAACAGUCUGAUCUACGUAGCCAUUGCCGUAGCGGCGCUCGUCGGUGUUGCGGUUAUAGGGUUUUUAGGAUAUAAGCUGACCAAGAAACACCAACCGCUGCCAACGCGGGAUGAUCAAAUGCACGAUCUGUAA